GAAUGGCGUUACGAUAGUGCCACACUUUACGGCACGACCGGUGCUGCAAAAACGACUGGGAAGGUGGAAGUAAGAUUAGCUUCUGUGGCUAAAUUUGAGACACCGAUUAAUUUAUCGUUCCCCUUAAAUACAGUGGCGAUUUUGUUGCUUGUAAAGUUUACAUGUACUCGCUUGAAGAUUUACCAACUGCGUGCCCAGUCAGUAAGCUGACAGCUGAGGUGGAUGCUACUUUUCCCCGGGCAUGAGAAGCAACGCCAGCUAGCAGGCAGCGGUCCCUCCUCAGCGUGUAGCCGCUCAGCAGCUUUAGCUGAGUCUGUCUUCUUUAGUGACUCUGACGGUUGCCUCGAAAAUGCCCAUUCAACUGACCAGCCAGGCGUACUGUAAAAUGAUUUUACACGCUGCCAAGUAUCCGCACUGCGCCGUGAAUGGGUUGCUGGUGGCGGAGAAACCCAAGGAGAAGAAGCGAGAGAGCCACACUGAGCCCGUGCUGUGCGUGGACUGUGUUCCCCUGUUCCACGGGACGCUGGCCCUGGCACCGAUGCUCGAAGUGGCUUUAACUCUGAUUGAUACUUGGUGUAAGGAAAAUAAGUAUAUCAUUGUUGGAUAUUAUCAAGCCAACGAACGCACUAAAGAUUCAAGACCCAACCAAGUUGCAGAAAAAGUGGCUGCCAGGAUUUUAGAGAACUUCAGUGAAGCAACAAUUGUUAUGGUGGACAACAGCAAAUUAUCUAUAAGCUGCUACGAGCCCAUCGUACUUCUCUAUGAUCAUCUUGAAAACAAGUGGAAGAACAGAGAAGUGACUUCGGACUGCUUUGAGGACUGGAGCGAAGCACAGAAGAUCACGUCUGCUUUGUUGGAGAGCAGGUCCUAUGAGAGCUUGAUUGACUUUGACAAUCAUUUGGAUGAUCUAAGGAACGACUGGACCAACCCUGUGAUCAACAAGUCCGUCCUGGACCUGUGCUAACCCGCCGAGUCAGGAGUGCAGGGGACAGACAGAUAUUGCUGCCAUCACAGCACGCAUGACGCUACGUAUCACGUAGCACAGGAGAACAUGAACACAUAUGCUGAAGGCUCCUGAAGAGAUGGGACCUUGCAGAGCCCUAACCUGGCCAAAAUUUCCUAAGGGCAAGCGUUACAUGUCCACUGUUGGCACGUGUCCACCUUUACAAGGUGAUUCUGAGGUGAAUGCAACUUAAAUAUGUCAGUCUCUGCUGUGGUUUUGUGUUUAUUCAUAGUUGUGUGCAUAAAUUAAAAUAAAGUCUAGACUAUUUUUCCCUCCUUAGAUUUUACAGACAGGAGCCAUACACGGAUUGAGUGAAACAAUUCUGAUCUAUAGGUGAUAAUUGCACUAAUGUGGUAUAAUAAUUAGUCCUUAUUUAAAAAAUUAACUGUUUAAGCUCUAAAUACAUGCAAAAGAUAUUUUAGACACGCUCAUAAAGACAGCUGUCAUAGAGAUGCAGGAUGUUUUGGUUUUCCUUCCAUUUGUCAGUCUGAUGCUAAGCAGAGUAGUUCAGUAGAUGCACAAGCAAUAUCAAAAGGACGACUUAUUCGAGAGGUUUGACCUGUUUUGGCUUCUUAUACUGGUUCAUUGGCUCCUAAACUAAUUGUUACUUUAGUUAUUUUUAAUUGACAAUACUUAAAUUACAGGAAUUUAUUUAGUUUUAUGUUUAAUUGGGUAACGUAAUGCCUAACUGACUGUUUAAAACCAUUUAAUAUGUGAACGUUUUAAGUGUAUGUGAGAAUGCUGAUCUAGCAUUUUGAUUUACCCUGCAAAUGAUCAGUAGUUAUUUAACUGGGUAGACAUAAUAUUUUUAGAGACAAUUAAUGAGUUGAAUGUACAAUGUAGACAACUUAAAAUCACUCAAGACUCGUGCUUUGGUAAAUGUUUUUGCUAGAUACCUUUCGCAGAGAGGUUAACUAAAGAGCUUGAAAAUAACCUCGUAUCAGUUCCAGAGCUGCAGCUUUUGUUUGAGUUUUAUUUUACUUUUGUAUGUUGAUUAAAAAAUGGAUUGUAUGUUUUAGGGUCAGUGGCAAAGCUCUUCCGAUAAAGAAUAUUAUAAUUAACAAUUUCUUACAUCAAUUUGCAUGACAGAGUUUGUAAUAAAAACCUUGCCUGUAUCUACCAUUUAAGUAGAUCUAAGGAAAAAAUAAGUUUUUUUCUUUAUUAACCCAAUAGAAAAUUACAUUGCUGCUUUAGUCAUGUCAAAUCAGUUAAACACACCUGUAACUUCAGGCGUUGAUGUAUCCCAGUCUAAAGCUGUAAUUUCCUGCUGCGCUCGUACCAGGAAGUGGUGAAUCACGCUGCAUGUUCUUAUGAUAACCAGGAAACGAUGCAGUGUUUUCAAGCAUUUUUUUAUGUUUGUCAAGCACCCUGGAACUCCCGUAUAUGUCGGAUAUCAUAUGCAACACCUCACAUAAUCUGCCAUAGACUUUGCGGUGACGAAUUUCAAAGGAUUUUCUGCAACCUGUAGAACCCAGAUGAAAGUUGGUUGAAGUUACAGUCAUCUUUAAUCAUAUCUAUUUGGGUCUGUGUGUGGCCUUCAGGAUUCAUCAUUCACAAAUAUUUGCACUGUCCCCUUGUAAGAAUAAACCUUUUAUUCAUGUAA